UGCUACAGUCACUCCUUGCUCUGCUGUCUCACUUCCCUGCUUCUCCUUGUCCAGCUGUCCAUGGAGCAGUUCCAGGUCAUUGGCCCUCAGUACCCCAUUGUGGCAGUGCUGGGCAAGGAUGCCAUACUGCCCUGUGCCCUACUCCCAGCCAUGAAUGCAGAGAACAUGGAACUGGGGUGGUUCCGCACCACACUCUCACAGGCAGUGUUCAUCUACUGGAACCAACAAGAACAGACUGAAGAGCAGAUGGAUGAGUACAGAGGGCGGACCUCACUGGUGAGGGACUUCCUUUUAGAAGGGCAGGCUUCUGUGCACAUCCACAAGGUCCAGGUUUCUGACAAUGGAAUGUACACCUGCUUCUUCAGACAUGGAGGCUUCUAUGAAGAGGCUGAUUUGGAAGUGAAGGUGGCAGGGAUGGGCUCUGAUCCCCAAGUGCGCAUAGAAGGGCCAGAAGAGGAUGGAGUCCGUGUGGUGUGCAAAGCCUCAGGAUGGUUCCCAAAGCCCCAGGUGCAGUGGAGAGACCUCAGUGGAAAGAAGUUCCCAGCGCUUUCUGAGGCCCACACCCAAGACAGUGAGGAGCUGUUUAGUGUGGAGGCCACUCUGGUGGUGAGAGACAGUUCUGUGGGGAAUGUGACCUGCUCUGUCCUCAACCCUGUCCUGGACCAGGAGAAGGCCAUGGCUAUUUACAUCCCAGAGCCCUUCUUCCCUCAGGCCUCUCCCUGGAAGCCAGCAUUUGCUGUGAUCCUGACCAUGCUCGGGCUCCUACUCUUGGGGGCUUGCUAUUGUAUCAGAAAAGCACAUUCUAGAAGGAUGCAGGUGAGGCAGGAAAAGGAGCAUCUGCAGUGGCUUAAGAAGCAGGAACAGCAGGAAAAGGAAGAGGUGCUGAAGACCAUUGAUGAACUCAAGGCAGACCUCUAUCAGAGGAAAGAAGCUUAUCUGUCUGCCUGGAGGAAGGCCCCACUGUAUGCAGAUUGGCGGAAGGAACGGUUCCAAGCCUGGCCUGUCACUCUGGAUCCAGACUCUGCUCACCACAGGCUUUCUGUUUGUCAUGAAAAGAUGCGUCUGACCUGGAAGGACCCCUGUGUGUACUGUGAUGAAAAAUGCAGUGUGUUGGGUCUUGAGGGCAUCACAUCAGGAAGAUGGUACUGGGAAGUGGAGAUAGAGAAUGAAUUACACAGCAAGUGGACUCUGGGAGUCUGUAGGAAAGAUGUGCGGAGAAAAGGCAACUACCUGGAAUCACCACAAAGGGGAUUUUGGGUCAUGGGGAAAGUUAACAAGAGUUAUUUUGCCCUAACUAAUCCUGAGACUUGGUUAUCUUCUAUGAAGGAUCUUUUCAGGGUGGGGGUUUUCCUGGACUACAGUGAAGGGGAUGUCUCCUUCUAUAACAUGAUUGAUGGGUCCCACAUUUUCUCUUUCCCUCCAGCCUCCUUUUCUGGAGCUCUGUUUCCAUACUUAAUGAUUAUGUAUGGAGCUGUGUCCAUGACCGUCUGCUCCAUGGAAAGUGGGUCUGAAGGGCUCCCUGUACCCCUUAACAAUUUUCCUCCUUUGGAGGAAACCCUGAGCACCCCAAUGGAGGGGUUCAGCUCAGGUUGUGGUGUUGAUGGAGCUCCCCCAGAGGCUGAAUCUCUGUUACUUCCCUGACACUCUCAGGUUUUGUCCACAUAGGAUCCCUUGCUGUCUGUGAUCCCUUACUGUGGCACUUCUGGGGCUAUAGACUCCCUGUGUAAAAAGCCUGUGAUAUGAGACUUGGACUGUUCAGUGGGCUUGUCCUUCUGCUGUGUGUUAAGACUUUAGAUAGAUGUGUGGUUAUGAGAGUUCAGUUCAUAUCUUAUAUUCAGAUAGCAGAAGAUAAAAUUUGGCUAUUUUGUAACUGGUUUAGAGAAUGUGCAAUUUAACUGAGGCACCCUAUUUUUUUGGUAUUAAUAAGUAUUUCAAGCAGCUGUGGCAGCAUAUACCUAUAGUCCCAUCUACUGUGGAGGCUAAGGCACGUGGAUCAAUUUAUCCCACAUGUUUGAGACCAGCCUGGCCAACAUAAUGAUACUCUGUUUCCAAAAACAAAACAAAACAAAAUAAAAAAUUCAAACAAAGGAGAGAUUACAUUACUGCACCUGCAUGUGUGUAGAGGAACCUUGAGGUUGAGCGUGGUCCUCAGUUCUAUUUUUGCAUAUUUGGACUAUCAGAUGACAGUUCAUUAUCCAAAAAUUUCCAGUGAAAUGGAAAGGUGUGUUAUUCAUUUUUUUUUGUCUCUGUGACAAAAUACAGAGAAAAUCAACCUAAAGGAGGAGAGAUUUAUUUUCCUCACAGUUUUAGAGGUUUCAGCCCAUAGUCACCUGGCUGCAUUAUUUCUGAGGUAGAAUGUAUGGGAGCAGGUGGUGGAGUGAGUGGCUCACCUUAUGGCAGAGAGAAGG